AUGGAUGGAGCUUUAAAAGAGGAAGACUGGUGUUACAAAUAUCGCUCCGCUUUCACUUACGCUCCGUAUAAUGAUCUCGAUAAAAUGGGAUACGAAGCUCCGAAACGUUAUGCAAGUCAGGUUGGUUCCCGAUACAGCCGAUAUUCGUACUCUUUUAGUGGGACAGAAUUUAUGGAAGAAGCACCAUUAACUGUACAUACCACUGCCGUGGAAAGUAUUUUUGUUGUAUUAGCAUUUCUGCUAUUCCUAAUGACGCUUCCGUUCUCCCUUAUUUUUUCUCUGAAGUUUGUGGGUGAUUUUGAACGCCUUGUUGUACUUCGGCUUGGUCGAGCACAAAAAACACGUGGACCAGGUGCAACUGUAGUGCUACCAUGUAUAGAUACGUACACAAAAGUGGACCUUCGUGUGAAUGCAUUCAAUAUACCGCCUAUGCAAAUAAUAACUUUUGACCGGGGACUAGUGGAGCUUGGAGCUACUGUUUUUUCACAAGUAAAAGUAAAAGACGCAUUGGCAGCAGUUUGUGCAGUACAAGAACGAAAUCGAUCGACCCGUGUUUUGUCUAUUGCAACGCUACAUCGUUUAGUUUGCAAGCAACGAGUUAGUGAUGUAACAUCAGUUGUGGGUCGUAGACAAUUAUGCGAAAACCUGCAGGUUGAACUUGACGUGCUCACAACUGCGUGGGGUGUUGAAAUCACCAAAGUAGAAUUGUCAGAAGUGAAAGUGAUUAAAGAAGGCGAGAACAUGGCUCUAGCUACUUUCAAUAAGGUGUUAAAGUCAGAACUAGGUUCUCGAAUUAUUGAAACGAUAAAAGGCGCAGCACAAGAAUUUGUCGUACAACAACAGCAAAAACGACAGUCAGUUCAUCAACAGCAGAUCGGAAACCAUACAGAAAGGGAUAGAGCUGAUUUGUCUGGAGAAUUACGCAAAAAGAACGAAUUAAGAUGCACUUUGAAUAAUUCCUUGAAAUUUCUGGAUAUCGACCAUUUGCUGUGUUCUCUGACAAUGGUUAUCGAUAACCAGUUGGUGGCCUCUGUGGGAUAUAUCUUCCAAGUGAACUGUACUGAAUUUGGUAACUUUUAUGUGGAUUUAAAAAACGGCUCUGGGAACUGUUGCAAAGGUAUCAGUCCGACAGCUGAUGUUACUUUGUGUUUGAAUCGUGAACUACUAUUUAAAAUUUUAAAGAAAGAAGUAACUCCGAUGCAGGCUUAUUUGGAUGGUUCCUUACGAAUACUGGGUUCAGUAAAAGCAGCCGUUAGGCUAACCUUGCUAUCGGAUCGUUUUAGCUGUUUGUUGUAA